AUGUCGAACCCUCUCGAUACAGAUGCCGGUUCGGAGUUGUUCUCCAGCUACGAGAAUGAGCUGAAGUUGGUCCAAGCCGACUUGAACCAGAAGCUCGACCAGAUCGCCGAAGCCAGCGGCGAGCAGCGCAAGGCCGCAAUCCGAUCAGCCGAGCAAGUUCUCGACGAAGCCACAGAACUCCUGGACCAAAUGCGUCUGGAGAAGCAGAAUAUCCCAUCAUCAGCACGCUCCAAGAUCAAUAUGCGAUUCCGCAACUACUCAACAGACGUAGACGAGAUCAAACGCAAGCUGAAAUCCCUCUCGGACGACCGCAAAGCGCUAUUCGGUGACCGGUACACCGACGACCCAGUCGAUGAGCAUCUGGAGCAGCGCCAACAGUUGCUUUCCGGGACUGAACGUCUUGAGCGCAGCUCCGCACGACUCCAGUCAAGUCAGCGACAGGCGCUGGAGACCGAAGACGUGGGCCGUAAUGUGCUGGCAGAUCUGUACGGCCAGCGCCAGACGAUCCAGCACACACGGGACAACCUACAGCAGAGUGAGGGAUAUGUGGAUACUAGCAUUAAGACUUUGAGGGGCAUGGCCCGUAGGAUGGCUACAAAUCGGAUAAUUACUAUCGCUAUCAUCACAGUGCUUGUUCUUUUGAUUUUCGCCGUUAUCUACGGCAAGUUCCAUUAG